AUGGCUGUCGUUGGUCUCGAUAUGGGCAAUUUUUCAUCAUACAUCGGCGUGGCCCGUGCCGGUGGUGUUGAAGUGAUUGCAAACGAAUACUCUGAUCGUCUAACACCAACCUAUGUCACUUUCGAUAAAUCAACUCGCUCAAUCGGUCAAGCAUCAAAAGCAAUGGAAGUAACGAAUGCCAAAAAUACCAUCAACAAUUUCAAACGAUUAAUUGGUCGACGAUUCCAAGAUUCCCAUGUUCAACAAGAGAAAGAAUUCAAUGCUUAUGCAAUUGUCGAAGGACCCAAUAGUUCUGUGAAUAUUGAAGUUGAUUAUCUCAAUGAACGUAAACGUUUUACACCGGAACAAAUCGCUGGAAUUAUGUUUACAAAAUUAAGACAAAUAACCGACACAGAAUUAAAAACCAAAGCGGUUGAUUGUGUUAUUGGAGUACCCUGUUACUUUACUGAUGCUGAAAGACGAGCUAUGCUUGAUGCAGCACAAAUUGCAGGAUGGAACUGCCUUCGAUUAAUGAAUGAAACAACAGCCGUCGCCCUCAGUUAUGGUAUUUACAAAGCAGAUCUUCCGGAGCAGACUGAAAAGCCUCGUCUUGUUGCAUUUGUUGACAUGGGCUACACAUCCUUACAAGCAUCGAUCGUCGCGUUCAAUAAGGGUAAAUUGAAAAUGGUAGCAACGUCGUUCGAUCCAUCGUUAGGUGGUCGCGAUUUCGACAAUUUAAUAAUGGAUGCCAUGCGCGAUGAUUUUCAAAAACGUUAUAAAAUCGAUUCUUACAGUACAGUGAAAGCCAAAUUGCGCUUACGUGCUGAAUGUGAAAAAGCGAAAAAAUUAAUGUCUGCCAAUGUUCAACCUAUUCCAAUUGGACUUGAAUGUUUUAUUGAUGACAAGGAUGUUAACGGUAAAAUGUCACGAGCAGACUUUGAAGAAGUUGCUAAACCAUUGUUGGAUCGUAUUCGACACACACUCGAAAAUCUUCUUAAAGAAGCUAAAAUCACUAUCGAAGACAUUGAAUCAGUUGAAAUCGUUGGCGGUUCAACACGUGUACCAGCUGUUAAACAAAUUGUUGAAGAAGUUUUUCAAAAGAAACCAAUGACAACAAUGAACGCUGACGAAAGUGUUGCACGCGGUUGUACUUUAAUGUGUGCUAUAUUAAGUCCAACAUUUAAAGUGAAAGAAUUCAAAAUCGAAGAUUGCCAACCGUAUCCAAUCACCUUAUCAUGGCAAGGCGGUGUUAAUGAAGACAAUGAAGUAGAAGUCUUUAGUCGUUGGAAUGUAAUUCCUUCAACAAAGAUGCUCUCAUUUUACAAACGAGAACCAUUAACAGUUGAGGCACGUUAUUCUUAUCCAAAUGAUAUUCCAUUCUCUGAAUCACGUAUUGGCCAAUAUACUAUCGAACAAAUUCAACCGCAGCCCGAUGGUACACCAUCGAAAAUAAAAGUUAAAGUUCGACUCAAUCGCAAUGGCAUUUUCGAUGUCACACAGGCAUCACUGAUUGAAACGAUCGAAGAACCAAAUGCACCAGCAGACGAAGCAAUGGAAACAGCAGCAGCAUCAUCUGCCCAAACGGUCGAAAACGGCGAAGCACCCAGCGCUACGACAACAACUGAACCAAUGGAAGAAAGUGCUGCACCUUCUGAUGCCGCAGCUGCCGGUAGUGGUGAUGCUCAAGCUGAAGAAAAAGACAAAGAUGAAGAAGGUAACGAAAAGGCUAAGGCAGGUACUGCAGCCGCAUCUAAGAAGAAGAAGAAAGAAAUUGAUUUGCCCAUCACUCCUCGUGUGCCUGGUGCAUCAAAGAAAGAACUUGAACGAUUAAUUGAACAAGAACUUGACAUGAUCUCUCAAGAUAAGAAGGAAAAAGAGCGUUCCGACGCGAAAAAUGCUGUAGAAGAAUAUGUCUACGAAAUGCGUGGCAAGGUCGAUGGUGGAGAAUAUGAGAAAUAUUCCGAUGACAAAACGCGUCAAAAACUAUUGGCUGAUCUUCAUACAACGGAAGAGUGGCUAUACGACGAAGGAAUGAACCAAGAAAAAAAUGUUUACGUUGAUCGCUUGAAAAAUCUAAGAAGCCUUGGUGAACCAAUUCGUACUCGAUACACUGAAGCAGAGAGUCGUCAACAUCACAUGCAAGAAUUAAUGAAAUCAAUCCAACGAAUCGACGAAGCUAUUCAAACUUAUCAUACGAAAUCAAGUGAUAAAUAUGCACAUAUUGAUGCCAAAGACAUUGAAAAAGCAAAUAAAGUCUUAACCGAUAAGCAAUCAUGGUACGAUCAGACAGCAAAUCAUUUUCAUGCACUUCAAACACAUGACGAUCCAACUAUAUUAUGUUCACGAAUCAAACAAGAACGAGAUACACUCGAAAGAGAAUGCUGGGCUAUUUUGAAUAAGCCAAAACCGAAAGUUGAACCACCAAAAGAAGAUACGUCUAAACAACAACAACAGGCGCCACCACAACAACCACCACCAACAUCAUCAGGUAAUCAAAAUACACAAUCGACGGAACAACCGCAACAACAGCAACCAUCGAUGGAAAUCGAUUAA